CAAAAAUGGCUUCUCUGAAUUUCGCCACAGUCAAUACGGGAGGGAUUUCUCGUAAAUUUGCCUCCUUGAGACAUUUUCUACACAUCGACCAAAUUCACAUCGCAGCAAUCACAGAGACACAAUCCAAACGACCCGUAAACAUCACAGGCUUCCACUCCUACAACAAACCCAGCCCCACAACCCGAGCCAAACACGGCGUCACACUUCUUGUCUCAACUUCACUCGCUUCAUCUCAACACAUCUUACCCCCUCAUCUUGACCACCUUCAAGCCGUUGCAGCCACCAUUCACAUUAACAAUUUAAACAUUCUGUUUAUUUGUUAUUACAAUCCUCCUCUCGAAACCGUCAGUACCCAACUCCUCGAUUACACUUCCACAUUCAGACACGCAGUCAUUCUCGGAGACUUCAACGCUCGACACACCGAUUUUGGCGACACAAUUUCAAACACAAACGGCAGACACCUCACACGCUCUCUCAACACUCUUCCUCUUUGUCGUCUUCGAAAUCAAUUUCCCACACUCAUCAAUCACGUUGGCACAUCGAUCGUAGACCACAUCAUUGUGACCGAUAAUCUCACACACAUCACAAACACAGACUCUUUCAUUGGCACCACAGUCACCUCCGAUCAUCUCCCUCUUGUCUCAAACUUCACACUUCAAGGCCCCCAACCGCGACCCACGCACAUCCCCAUUUUCGAUUUCAACAACACAAACUGGACCGACUUUCAAAAUUACAUCACAAACAACCUCCCACACAUUGACGACACACUUGACCCCAACACCAUUGACACACAAGUAACACAACUAACACAACUCAUCAAACAAGCUCAAACACUUUUUGUACCCAUCAAACACAUUCCAACAAAUCGCAAACCAUUGCCCCCUCAAAUCCUUGCCCUCAUCCGAGUCAAACGCCGAAUUUAUCGCGAAUUCGUGCAAACCAGAUCUCCAGUCCUCAAAACUGUCUUUAACCGUCUCAAUGCACAAAUAAGACGUGACAUCAACCAAUUUCGUCUUGCCCACUGGUCAAACAGUUGUAGCUCCCUCGAUUACCGAGACGGUAAAAAGUUUUGGGACAAAUUCAAUUCACUCACAGGCCGAAAAUCUCACCCCAUCCACCAUUUGUCAGUCAACAACACCAUUUUUAACACCCCACAAGACAAAGCAAAUUGUUUUGCUGCUACCCUCCAAAACAUCCACCAAGUCCCCAAUGACCCACAUUUCAACCAACACUUUUUUAACACAGUCACUAACAACACUCUCCGUUUCAGGCAAAACCUCCCCCGACUUGACUACGACGCUGACCUCGACCCAGACCCCGACCCAGACUUUCCACCCGACAACCCGGACUUGACCGCUCCAACCACCGACGACGAGAUCAAAGCCCUCAUUAUCCGGCUGAAGAACUCGAAAGCCCCAGGACCAGACCAGAUCAAACCCAUUCUUCUCAAACAUCUCCCUGACACAGCCAUCACAUCCAUCACCACAAUUUACAAUUCUUGCUUCAAUUCCGGUCACUUUCCAACCCCAUGGAAAGAAGCCACCACCAUCAUGAUUCCCAAGCCCAACAAAGACCCCAACAACCCACUUUCUUAUCGUCCCAUCUCUCUCCUCAACAUUCUGGGAAAAAUCUUCGAAACAAUUCUUGCCUCUCGUCUCCGACACACUCUCGAAGAAAACAACCUACUGCCCCCUGAACAAUUCGGUUUUCGCCCCCAUCGCUCCACUUCCGACCCCACUUUCGAACUCUUCACCGACUCAACCCGGAGUGCCAAUCUCGGCCAGUGCACACUAGCCGUCUUCUUGGACGUCGAACGUGCAUUUGACCGUGUUUGGCACGAUGGUCUCAUCCAAAAAUUUCUUUCCCACAACAUCAACCUCAACUUCAUCAAAUUAAUCGACUCUUUUCUCUCAAACCGCUCCUGCAAAGUCAAAGUCCAAAAUUCCUUUUCUUAUCCCGUCCCCCUUCUCUCCGGGGUCCCUCAAGGCUCCGUUCUGUCGCCCAUCCUUUACAUUUUUUACAGUUCUGAUUUUCCUGUUUCAGAUCUUCACCAGACCAAAACCCGCUUCUUCGCCGACGACACCGCCCUCUGGACAUCCCGGACCACCGCCGCCUCAGCCUCCAGGACCCUGCAGCCCCUCCUCAACCAGAUCUCCACAUGGACUCGCAAGUGGAGAGUGAAGAUCAACCCCACAAAAUCCACCGCCAUCCUCUUCAAACACCCCAACCUCACACGAAACAAGAAAUUCGACCCACGCGACAUCACCAUCACACUCAACAACACACCCAUCGACCUUGUGCCAUCCACAAGAACACGCUCAAGAAAGUCCGCAACCGAUCCAACCUCCUCCGCCAUCUCAUGGGAAACUUCCAAGGGUGCCAUUCCCGCACUCUUCUCCACACCUACAACACAUUCAUCCGACCCGUCAUCGAGUACCGAGCCCCCAUCUACGCAUCUCUCCCACACACCAAGACACAUCGCAUUGCCACAUGCGAACGACAAAUCCUUCGCCGAAUUCACCGCCUCGACCGCUUCCACGCCAGCAAUUCCCUCCACCAGGACACAAACACCACCCCCAUCACAGACCGUCUUCACAAACUCCAACAAAACUACAUCAAACGCACACUCAACAACAACAACACAAUUGCCCAAAACACACUCAACACUUCACAUAAGUUUCUCACACGCGACAACACUCUUCGCAACCGAGUCCCCCGGAUCCCCAGAAGAAAACUGCCCCAUCCACCCACGGCGCUUCUCUCAGCGCUGUACCCCGACCUGCCCGACAAUCUUCAACUUCUCGUUGAAGAGACGCCCCUCACAAUGAGACGCCACUGACGACACCGACAAGACACCCACGACGACAUCCACAUCCACAGCUUCCUACGAGCCCCAAACUUCUCACUCUUUCACUCACCACCCGACGACACUCACACUCCCACACAACAUUCAUCCAUUUCCUUGACUGAAGAGGCCAAAAGCCUAAAACAGUCCGGACUCGUAGAUUAAGUUGUAAAUAUCUUGUAUAUAUUUAUCAAAAUCCCUUUUGAAAUGUAAUUUAUUUUGAAUAAACGUAUUUUGAAUUGAA